GGACCACGAAGUAUAUACGAUUAACUUUAAUAAUAUAAUGUAAAUUAUAAUCACCUCCAAAAUUGAAUACCAAUAUAUGAAAAUCGCUUCCAAUUUUGUUGAUAACUAUUUGAAGAAUUCUUAUAUUUUUAGAAUAUAAUGGGCAAGUCACGACAUAAUGAGAAAGCCCGAAAAGUUGUUAAAACCAGCAUAGACAACACUGAAACUAAUGAGAUCAAAGUUGAUUUUGCCAACGAUGAAUAUGGUGCAUCAGAUAAAAGUAAUUUAUUGGUUUUACCGUCAAAGAAAAGGAAAACCAAGGUCAUACAGGAAAAAAAGGAAAAAAUUAAAUUACUUUCCAAGGCCCAACGAAAACAACUGGAGAAAAUUGUUGAUAAGAAGAAGAAAAAAGCAAAUCGAGCAGCUCUAUUAGAGUCUCUGUUACAAGUGCAAGCAUCACCAGAUGAAGUCAAUCAAAUGACAACUAUAUCAUCUAUGCAAACCAUUGGCCUCAGGCAUUUAUCAAAGUAUAAUUUAGAAGCACCUGUGGAGAAGGCAGAAUUACCAGAGAAUAAAAAGUUCAGUAGCAUUGCAGGAGCAAAAAAACGGCUAAGACUUUUAAAAAUGGAUAAUGCAGGUAAAAUAAAGAGGAAUAAAUAUGAUCCAAAUGUAGUAGGUCUUGAGCAGUCAUCCACUGAAGAAAGUAGUUCAGAAUCAGAUGAUGAUGUAUCAGAUGUUGUAGAAAAUGGUAAUGAAGAUGUGGAAUUAAUUAAAGUUGAUACAGUAAAUGAUGAAAGUAGGACUGAAAAUGAUGUUUCUCUUAUAAAAGAAGAAAAUCCUAAAAACAAUGAUAAUACAAUUGUAAAAGAAACAAAUAAAACUAAAAAGGUAAACAAAGAUGCUCUUGAUGUUAAGGAGAAAGUAAAAAAGCCACUGCUUGAGCACAAAACAGUUCACAUAGAAGUGAAAAGAGAUCCAAAAGUGCAAGUCGCAAGAUUGAAGCUACCAAUUUUGGGAGAAGAACAAAGAAUUAUGGAACUGGUUAAUGAGAAUGAAUUUUUAAUUGUGGCUGGUGAAACUGGAAGCGGCAAAACAACACAGCUUCCACAAUUCCUUUACGAAGCCGGUUAUGCUCAGAACAAGAUGAUAGCAGUGACUGAACCUCGCAGAGUUGCUACAGUUGCAAUGGCGGCGCGGGUCGGCCACGAGUUGGCUCUCAGCAAUAAAGAAGUGUCCUACUUGAUGCGAUUCGAAGGAAACGUUACUAAGGACACUAAAAUCAAGUUUAUGACUGAUGGUGUACUUCUAAAAGAGAUUCAAUCAGAUUUUUUAUUGAGUAAGUACUCGGUAGUGAUCAUUGAUGAGGCUCACGAGAGAAGCGUCUACACUGACAUACUGCUUGGUUUACUGUCUAGAAUAGUGCCGUUAAGGAGAAAGCGCGGGAACCCGCUUAGAUUAAUAAUAAUGUCGGCCACAUUGAGAAUAGAGGACUUCACUGAAAACACCAGGCUAUUUAAGGAACCACCGCCAGUUAUUAAAAUAGAUUCAAGACAGUAUCCAGUGACAAUUCAUUUCAACAAACACACUUACAGUGACUAUUUAAAAGAGGCAUAUAGAAAGACAGUCAAAAUACACACUAGAUUGCCCGAUGGAGGAAUUCUUAUAUUUGUAACAGGUCAGCAGGAGGUGAAGUACCUGGUACGUAAGUUAAAAGCAUCAUUCCCGUACCGCAAGGAUGUGGACUAUUCAAAGCUUAUCAAAAGGACUAAGGCCGUCAGCGAAACGGAGGCUACGCUAGAUUCUGAGGCUGAUGAUAUUGAGUCGGAUGAUGAUGAGGUGGAGAAAGAAAUGAAACGCGCUAGAAAAGCAAGAAGAAAAGCUAAGCAGAAAGUAAAAACACUUCCAAAAAUUAAUUUGGAUGACUAUGACAUGCCUGAUGACGAUGGACAAGCAGAUCUAGUUGACGAUGAAGAUGAAAGUGAAGGACAUUUAAGUGAUUCUGAUGGAGAAGAAGAUACACUUACACCAACAAUAAAAUCAUGCCGACAACCUCUAUGGGUUCUACCUUUAUACUCUAUGCUCAAUUCAGCUAAGCAAGCUAGAGUUUUUGCUUCACCUCCAGUUGGAGCCAGGUUGUGUGUAGUCAGUACGGACGUAGCUGAAACAUCGCUGACUAUACCUGCUAUUAGAUAUGUUGUGGACAGUGGCAAGAAGAAAAUGCGUGUAUACGACCACGUGACGGGCGCGAGUGCGUGGCGCGUGGUGUGGACGUCGCAGGCGAGCGCGGGGCAGCGAGCGGGGCGCGCGGGGCGGGUGGGCGCGGGCCACGCCUACCGCCUCUACAGCAGCGCCGUCUACCAGCACGACUGUCCCCCCCACCACCCGCCAGACUUAUGUCGCCGCCCGGUCGACGACCUCGUGCUCGCCAUGAAGUGUAUGGGCAUAGAUAAGGUGGUAAAUUUCCCAUUUCCGACUGCGCCAGACAGAUUGCAACUCCGUUUAGCAGAAAAACGUCUUGAAACACUGGGAAUAUUAGAAAAACUCGAAGUAAAGAAGAAAAGAAUAGAUGACGAUGAUAUAUUAAAAGUGACGCCAUUAGGUAAAGCAGUCUCGGCAUUCCCGUUGCUGCCCCGGUAUGGAAAAAUGCUAGCACUCAGUCAUCAACAGAAUCUCUUAUGUUAUACUAUCGCCCUGGUAUCGGCUCUUACAGUACCUGAGGUAAUGAGUGGAAAACCAGACAACUGGCCUGCAACCGGACAUACUCUCUUGUUAGGCGAUCCCGGGGUACUGUUGCGGGCUAUAGGCGCUGCCGAGUAUGCAUACGUCCAAGGCGAAGAAGAGUUAUUCUGCGCUAAAUAUGGAAUCAGAGAAAAGGCUAUCAAAGAAAUCCGCAAGUUAAGGAAACAACUUACAUCGGAGAUCAAUCUCAGUGUCGCCGGUGUUGAUGUUGUAGCAGAUCCUGAUAUGAAACCUCCGAAUGAUAAUCAAGCCAGGCUACUACGGCAGUUGGUACUUAGCGGACUUGGUGAUCAAGUCGGCAGGAAAAUUGGACUGGAUGAGGUCAAAGAAGGGGAAGAUAAACGCAAAUUCAAAUAUGCGUACCAUUGUGGCGAGCUCGAUGAACCAGUGCAUCUACAUUCUGAAUCCAUACUCCGCAAAACGAUACCUGAAUGGGUAGUCUACCAAGAGCUGUAUGAAACCGGUGCUGAAGAACGACGGAAAAUGGUGAUGAGGAACGUGACAGCCAUAGAACCUGAGUGGUUGCCUGUUUAUGUACCAUACUUGUGUAAUUUGGGCGAACCUUUAGCAGACCCAGAGCCAAGAUAUGAUGAGAAGUCGGGGCGGGUAAAAUGUCACUUUAAAGGAACAUUCGGUAAAGUCGGAUGGGAGUUGCCCACUGUUGAGAUUGAUUAUCCAGAAAAAAUUGAAAGUUAUAGAUGGUUCGCACGAUUCCUGUUAGAAGGAGUUGUGUUUCCAAAACUACGUAAAUAUACGGGAUCGUUACUCUCUCCGCCGUCCACAAUGGUAAAGAGCUGGGCCAAAUUACAGCCCAGAACUGAAAUACUAUUGAAAGCGUUAAUUAUGAAGAGGAUUGGAAAUAGGGACGCGUUGGUAGCAAUGUGGAAGGAGCAAUCGACUUAUCUACUAGACGAGUAUUUGAAAUGGCUACCGGAAUCGGCACAAAAUGAGGCAACGAUGCAUUGGCCCCCAUUGUGAUUAUAAAUGAAUUAUG